UUGCACUCACAAGGCAUUCAGCGUCUGGGUAGAAAAUUGUUACCGUUUGUAGGUAUGAACCUGAGAGUGUCAACAAAAUUUGGAUUGCUGUUUAUAUUCGAUUGAAAACAGAAUCGUCGUAAACAGAAAAAGAUUGGCUUUAGUGGAGUGCAGUGUUAAUCCUUUCAAUUAAAUAGUUAUACUAGUGCUACUGCGGUUAUAGGAAAAUGUCCUCGCAAGAUUCCGAAUCGGAAAGCUCUCCAACUCCGUAUUACGGCAGCUUCAAUUCCGGUUCCCAGUACGACGAUCCGAAGUCAAGUUCCAGCGAAGAUGAAGGUUCCAGUGAUGACGAAAGUGUGCAGAACUAUGGGAAAAGACCCUGCUUCGGCGCCGACCAUGGCUCGGUCGCUAAGAAGGCCAGAUUCGGUGACAACAUGCCGUCGUUUUCCGAAUCCGUACCAUCGGAUUCCAACGCGCUCUAUUCGGAACAAUCUCGGCGAAUCAUGGAUCGGAUGAACUACGACAAGAGCAAGGGACUUGGCAAAAGCGGCCAAGGGCGGCGUGAUAUUGUCGAGAUUGCACCCCAGAAGGGACGACGAGGAUUGGGGCUCAAGCUGGAAGGACUGGAUCUAGCUGCUUCGACAUGGGACAAGUCCAUGGAAACAUUGAAUAUACCGGAAAAGGUAAACUGGUUAGAGAACAACGACGAAGAUGAUCUCACCGAACUUAGCGGAGAUGUGCUGGAAGGCUGGAUCAAAUACGGACCCCCCAAAAAGAUAAUCGACGACGAGGAUAAAUAUUGUCGGAGAGUCGUACUACAGAAAGUGCUGGAAUGUAAGUCCGCUUUUGACAAUCUUGGCGGUGCAGACAUGAGAAAGGCUCGAGCACGAUCAAACCCUUUCGAGACGAUAAAAUCCAACAUUUUUAUGAACAGAGCGGCUGUUAAAAUGGCCAAUAUGGACGCCAUGUUUGACUAUAUGUUUACGAAUCCGGUGGACGAAGAUGGCAACUCGCUGGUGCGAGAUAACGAUUUGGUAUACUUUGCCGACGUUUGUGCCGGACCCGGAGGAUUUUCGGAGUAUUUCCUUUGGCGUAAGAAAUGGCAAGCCAAAGGAUUUGGUUUUACACUGCGGGGCGAGAAUGAUUUUAAAUUGUCUGAUUUUAUUGCUGGAACUCCGGAGAGCUUCGAUCCCUACUACGGACCAAAUAAUGAUGGAGAUGUUUUCAAUCCUGUUAACAUCGAACGUUUUACUGAUUAUGUGAUGAAGCAGACGGAACUGGGAGUGCAUGUGAUGAUGGCAGACGGCGGAUUCUCGGUGGAAAAUCAAGAAAACAUACAAGAGAUCCUAUCCAAACGUUUGUACCUGUGCCAGAUUCUAAUGGCACUGAACGUGGUACGCACCGGUGGACAUUUCGUCGUCAAGUUAUUCGAUCUAUUUACGCCAUUUAGCGUAGGGCUGAUCUAUUUGGUUUACAAAUGCUUCAAAAAGAUUUGUAUCUGCAAGCCCAAUACUAGCAGACCAGCCAAUUCAGAACGAUACUUGGUGUGCAAAUGGAAGAAACCCGGGACUGAUACCAUUCAACGCCAUCUGUUCCAGGUGAACCAGUUCUUCGACAGCAAGAAGGACAAUACUGAUAUAUUGGAGCUCGUGCCUCACGAAGAGUUGGCCGGCAAUGAGGCCUUCUUCCAAUAUAUUUGUGACAGCAAUAAUGAAAUAGGAGAAAAUCAAAUUGUCGGAUUACUGAAGAUAGCUGCCUUUUGCGCAGAUCAAAAUUUGAAUGAGAGUAAACAGGCCGAAAUUAAACGCCAGUGUUUGGAACACUGGAAGCUACAGGAUAGUCUCAGAAAGGUUCCACAAAAGUCUGCCCAGGACAAAUAUGCCGAUGAACUGUUGAAAGAAUGGUGUAGUCAAAAGGAUUUCCUCAAAGCCACAGAAGGCAAGUUGGAAACUUCAACCCUAGAAAAAUACUUCCCUUCAACGCAUGGGUGGUAUUUCGUACCACUAGAAAACAACCAUGAAAGCAACAAAUACCUUCGCACUUUCUUCAUGGGAAAGGGAGGUAAAGAUGUCUAUUACUACAAUCCCAAGACAGGAUCAUGGCAAUUGUUGAAAGACAUGCAGUUAGAACUAGCUCCGGCCACUCUUGUUUACGGCGAAAUUGUAACAGAACUACAGGGCCAAGGCAAUUCGCAAGUAACGAUCUACGCGUUUCACAUAAUUGACGGCAUUUCACUUGGUGGCGAGGAUAUUCGGAAGUAUUCCUUGACGGAGCGGCUUCGAAUGUGUGAAAAGUAUGCCAAGGCUUUGAACAAACCGUAUAGGAUUAUAAACAAGGCGGACACGCCUUGUGUAGCAUCAAUGCCGAUUCGGUGCAAGAAGCUUUUCCCCAUUACGGAAUUUGAUGGCUUUUUCCACCGGUUGGAAAAAUACAUAUUGAAAGGGGGCAAAAAGUCUCGCCUGGGAUACCAUUUGCGUAAUACCAUCGAUCCAGACCGUUUCUACGUUCCGAGGGGUUUACUGUUUCUCAACGAAACACGAGAUGAUUAUAUGAAAAUGUUUUCAAAGAGGCAUAACAAAUACUACUAUUUCAACAAGAAAACUAAGGCGUCCAACUUUCCCGAGCAGUUUAAGUUCAUCGAUGAAACAAAGGCAUCGUUCAAAAAUACGUUCGCACACCGGAUCAUGUGGGAUUGGAUCGACGAACGGCAGGUUACUGAAAAUGACAAAGUACCUGGGGAACAGGAUGUGGCAUGUCGUGUAGAUAUCAGAAAUUUUAUAAUUAGUAAGAUCAGCAACUAAUAAAUAGGUGACAAUAAAAAGCCAAGUGACUACAAAA